UGAGUUGAUUGAUUACCUUUGGGGCAUCUUACGUUAAUAGGAGACUUGAGUUGGUGUUGAGUGGUGAAGUACUGAUGGGAAGCAGGAACUAUACACAGCAGCUGGGAUUAGGAAGUGGGAGAUCUGCUGGGUCCUCGAGGAGGGGAAAGAAGAACAAUAUGGAGAAGCCAAAACAGCCUCAAAGAGGCCUUGGUGUGGCUCAGUUGGAGAAGAUCAUAUUACAGAAUCAAAUGAUGGGAAGCUACCCUUCUCCAUUGGACUGUGAUCUCGAAAAGGUCGACAAUGGUCAAGUGCAAAUGGGAUGUCCACCAUCUCCCUCUUCGUCAUCAGUUGCCACCCCAUCAUCUUCACUGUUCGAUCUUCGCCCCAAUUCAGUGAUCUUAUGGGAAGAUCGAAUGGAUCGGUUUGUUCUCUUUCAGAUCGGCUUUGGAGACACCGCAGUGACGGCAACCAGAUAUAGUGCGUAUCAUUCUUUCUUUCAUCAAGCAGUGAGACCGACUACAACACUGCCUCUCUUGGAGCCAAGCAUGGAGACCAGCAGUUAUCACGAUGAGCAAUGCAACUCCAUUGGUUCAAUCAGUCAGAACUCAUGCGAUUCCCAAGAACUCGAUUUAGAGCUUAAAUUAUGACUGUCGGUGAUUCAAGUGGUGCAAUGUUUGCAAUAGAUUGAUCGAUAGAUUGAUACAGGUGGUGGUGGUUUAUGGGAUCGAUGCCCAAACUGUCUCAUUUCAGGUGAGGAAUACAUGUCAGUGUAAAUCUCAAGUAAUUAAAGAUAUUAAAGCGGUUGGGUCUUCAUGGAAAUGUUAUCUAGAAGAAAUAUAGUGUUUUGAAGAAAAUAUUUCGAAAAAAAUAGAUGAAUACAUUCGAGUAUAAAAUAGUCAUAUACAGCUCACAAAAUGAUGUAGUUCUCUUCCUGUCCUAUCCAAUUCCUGAAGUCUGUUUUGGAACCCUAAUUCUCAGUGUUGCAUGACUGCUGAACAAAUCAAACAAAUGUGUUGUUCACUAUAUAUUUGGAUUACAAUAAUAUUUUCAUUUCGAAGCUUUA